AUGUUCAGAGAAUACAAUAAGGUUCGCUUCUUCCGUGUCUUUCUUACGUUAUGGAUCACGUACGCCGCCUACACCGUGGUUCGUCGGCCUAUGAGUGUCGCACGAGCCGAUAUACAGCGUGACACUGGAUUGACCCCAGCCGAAACCUCACUUGUGGAUAGUGUGUUUGUCUUCUCGUAUACCUUUGGUCAGUUGUUGUACGGGCGCAUCAGCAGACGUUGGGGAAAUAAGCAGAUUCUCUUGUAUGGCAUCCUCUUGUCUGCCGCGGCUUUGGCGUGCCUGGGACUUGCGUCCUCGCUGUCGCUUUUUUGUGUGGCGUGGGCCAUCAACGGUAUUGCACAAGCAGCCGGCUGGGCAACAUGCCUUUCAAUAAUGAAUCGUUGGGUCUUUCCCAACGAACGUGGUCGAGUGAUGGGGUGGUGGUCAACAAAUAUGGCGGUAGGAGGCGUGAUUGGAAAUGUUUUUCCUGCCUUUCUUAUUGGAAAAGGCUAUUCGUGGCGUGUUUCUGUUGGAGCUGAAGCGGCACUUAUUUUGGCUGUGGGUGGCGUUGUGCUUUUGGUACUUGUUCAACAUCCAAAUGUGGUUGGCUUCCUUUCGGUGCAGCAGGUUGAAGGUGAAGCGCAGCCCACCAGCUGGGCGCGUAUCGAUGACUCACUUCCUCUGAACAAAGACGGUGAAGUGUAUGGUUCCUCGCUUCGGCCAACAGGUUCGUCGGUUGGGCAGCAGUAUCCGCUUCGGCAGAAUGAUAACGACGAGGCCCAUGAAGAGUCUGUUUCCCUCACAUUUUGUACUAUUAUUAAGCUUCCAGGUGUGCGUGGUAUAUGUGCCUCGUACUUCCUGCACAAACUUGUCCGCUACGGAUUCAUGUUUUGGCUUCCAUAUUUUGCCGUGCACGAAUUAAAGUACACCACUGAGGUUGCUGGAUAUCUGACGUCCGCCUUUGACAUUGGCGGAGUGGUCGGCACUGUGGCCUCGGGGUACAUCUCGGACUGGUUGUUUCACGGCCGUGGUCGCACGCGUGUUGUUUUGCUCUUUACAGCUGGUAUGGUGCUGGGCACCUUUUGUUUUGCCUUUUUUUCCCGCUUCUUUGAGGAGCAAGCUUUACUGUUCGCGGCCGUGGUCGCCAUUAUUGGGUUUUUCGCCUUUGCUAUCGAUGCGCUGCUCUCGGGUUCCUUCCUCUUGGACUACCUGGAGCAAAUCCAGAUGGCCAAGCACGCAGGCGCCAUCAGCGGCGUGGUGGGCGGCGUCGGAUCGGUGGGGUCCAUCCUUCAAGGCGUCUUCACAGUUUUGCUGAGCUCGAGCUCCUGGCAAACGCUGUUUUACAGCUUCGGAUUGGCGACGGCGUUGGCAGGCGUUUGUCUGGCUUCUCCGCUCUGGAGAGAACUUAGACGGGGGCGCAAAACUUCUUUCGCGGUGCGAAGUUAA